AUGUAUCUCAUAACAACUUUGCUGCCUGCUCAAAUUGAUCAGCCACUUAUUAAUCGAAUUCUGCCAAAAGAACUUAUCCUUAGGAUUUUUUCAUUUUUGGAUAUUCCGGCUUUGUGCCGUUGUGCCCAAACAUGUCGGCAUUGGAAUCUUUUGGCGCUUGAUGGCAGUAACUGGCAGCAAGUUGAUCUCUUUCAGUUUCAAAAAGAUAUUAAAACUCCAGUAAUAGAAAACUUGGCUAGACGAUGUGGUGGUUUCCUGAAGAAGUUAAGCUUACGUGGAUGUGAAAAUGUGCAAGAAAAUGCACUUCGUUCAUUCACAUUAAAAUGCCCAAAUAUCGAACAUCUUUCCUUGACUUGUGAAUAUUUAGGACGAAAUUGUCAUCGACUAGUAUGGCUUGAUUUGGAAAAUUGUAUUGCAAUAACUGAUAAAUCUCUUGAUGCAAUAAGCCAGGGCUGUAAAAAUUUGGAAUAUCUGAACAUUAGCUGGUGUGAAAAUAUACAAGAUCAAGGUGUUCAAACAAUUCUGCAAGGUUGUGCUAAGCUCAACACGUUAAUUUGUCGUGGAUGUGAAGGAUUAACGGAAAGUGUUUUCACGGAAAUGCGUAGUUUUUGUGCGGGAUUACGGACGCUUAAUUUGCUUGGUUGUUUUGUUACCGAUGAAACGGUAGCUGAUCUUGCAGCUGGCUGUGCACAAUUAGAAUACCUUUGCUUGUCUUCUUGUAGCCAGAUAACGGACCAAGCUUUGAUUUCUUUGGCUAAUGGAUGCCACAGAUUAAAAGAUCUCGAACUUGCGGGUUGUUCACUACUAACUGAUCAAGGCUUCGGCAUUUUAGCCAAGAAUUGUCAUGAACUUGAAAGGAUGGAUCUAGAAGAUUGUUCUUUACUGACUGACAAUACGCUAGACAAUUUCAGCAAGGGAUGUCCAUGUCUUCUUAAUUUGAGUCUUUCACACUGCGAACUCAUUACUGAUGGUGGUUUAAGGCAACUUUGUUUGAAUCACCAUUUGAAAGAGCGAAUUCAAGUUCUGGAAUUGGAUAACUGCCCUCAGAUAACCGACAUCAGUCUCGAUUAUAUGAGACAAGUGCGCAGCUUGCAGCGAGUUGAUUUGUAUGACUGUCAAAAUAUUACCAAAGAUGCUAUCAAGCGUUUUAAGAAUCUAAAUCCUGACGUUGAAGUUCACGCUUACUUUGCACCUACAACCCCACCUGCAUCAAGACAGCCAAGUCGAAAUGCUGUAUGCCGUUGUUGUACAAUCUUGUAA